AUGACUGAGCCCAUGCUAUUUAAGCGGGGCGCAGCUCAAGCGACUUCGUCCUUUUCUCGAUUUCCCCGCAUCCAUACUCGAACUCGACUCCCGACGUGGCGCCGGUUGAGCCCUUCGCCUUCGCGAUAUGUCACUACCGGUUUGAACCCGCAAGUGGAAGUUCAGGAUGAACCAACUAGGUCUCCAUCUCCUACACCGACAUCGUCGACUCGCUGGAACGCGCUGAAAACAGCAAAGCCGUUCUCGGCGUUUCUGACAGACACAUUCAACCGCCAGCAUGAUUACCUUAGGAUCAGUGUCACGGAGCGCUGCAAUCUGCGCUGUCUAUAUUGUAUGCCUGAAGAAGGCGUACCGCUAUCCCCUCCCGCGCACGUCCUGACGUCGCCGGAGAUUGUGUACCUUUCGUCGCUCUUCGUCUCGCAGGGCGUGACCAAGAUCCGUCUGACUGGCGGAGAACCGACUGUUCGGAAAGACAUCGUUCCUCUGAUGCAGUCAAUUGGAGAAUUACGACAUCACGGACUCCGAGAAUUAUGCUUGACAACCAAUGGCAUUUCACUCCAUCGUAAGCUCGAGCCUAUGGUGGAGGCUGGGUUGACUGGGGUAAAUCUCAGUCUGGACACUUUGGAUCCGUUCCAGUUUCAAAUUAUGACGAGGAGGAAGGGCUUUGAUGCGGUUAUGAAGAGCAUAGACCGCAUCCAGGAGCUGAAUAAGAUGGGAGCUGGGAUAAAGCUCAAGAUCAAUUGUGUUGUGAUGCGGGGCCUCAACGAACGCGAGAUUAUUCCGUUUGUCGAAAUGGGGCGUGAUAGCCCCAUCGAAGUGCGGUUCAUUGAGUAUAUGCCAUUUGAUGGCAAUAAGUGGAGUAAGGGAAAAAUGGUUUCCUAUCAGGAGAUGCUGGCCCUUAUUCGGGAGAAGUAUCCAACAUUGGAGAAGGUGGUGGAUCAUAAGAAUGACACGAGCAAAACUUAUCGCAUUCCUGGAUUCCAAGGCCGAGUUGGCUUUAUCACGAGCAUGACGCAUAACUUCUGCGGCACUUGCAACCGCCUUCGCAUUACGUGCGAUGGGAAUCUUAAAGUCUGCCUAUUUGGAAACUCGGAAGUCUCGCUGCGUGAUAUAAUCCGACAACAGAAUAAUGGCGAGCCCAUUGACGAGACUGCGCUGCAAGAGCUAGGUCUCCUUGAGGCAGCUCGAACAGCAGCCCGCGUUCAUGACGAAGGUGGAGUAGUCAGUCAAAGAGAAAGAGAGCUUCUUGACGUUAUUGGCAUGGCAGUGAAGCGGAAAAAGGCCAAGCAUGCCGGCAUGGGAGAGUUAGAGAACAUGAAGAACCGGCCGAUGAUCCUUAUUGAUAAAACGAGCGAUGCCCAGAGAAAUAUAAGGUACUUCGCCUCCAUGUCGUCAAUGAUGUCCAAGGGACAAGUAAUGAACGUAUCGACGCAUUCACUCGGUCUCGGGAUGCCAAUGGCUACCCAAGUCCGACUUUACCAUCGCGAACGUACCACAACUUCGUGCGAGGAACCCAGCAACAAGGACUCAAAAUUCGCUUCGCUCCCUACAUCCGACGACCCCGAUCUGCCUCAUCUCAAUCGCUCGCAAAACGUCCAUAUGACGCUGAUUGAUGAAAAGCCCAUUUCAAAACGCCUCGCAACAGCCACCUGUCACGUCCGCUUCUCCAACCGACGUCCCUGGGAACUCCUCAGACAAGGCCCCGGCAGCCGCAAAGGCGACGUAUUUGGCAUCGCUCGUAUUGCCGGUAUCACCGCCGCGAAGAAGACGCCGGAUAUUGUACCGCUUUGUCAUCCUGGGCUGGGGUUGACGGGGGUGGAGGUGGAUGUGAAGCUUCUUGACCCGUCCGCCGAUGACGCUGAGAUGAAGCAUGGGGCAAUGCAUGUCACGGCCACGGUGGGCUGUGUUGGAAGAACGGGGGUGGAGAUGGAAGCCAUGACGGCGACGAUGGGGGCUGCAUUGACGGUGUAUGAUAUGUUGAAAGCGGUUGACAAGGGGAUGGUGAUUGGGGGAGUGAAACUGCUAGAGAAGAUGGGGGGCAAGAGCGGGCAUUGGGUAAGAGAGGAGAACGUGAAGGAUGAGUAG